GCACCUGUUUGCAUCGCAACUCGCAGCAGUUCAAUACUUGCACAACCAUACACAUCACACAUCACCUGUAGAUCGACCGGUGCACGUAAGGCGCGACAAUGGAGUACCAGGGGCAGACCGGCCACGCCACCGACAAGGUGGAGGAGUACGGCCAGCCCGUGGCCGGGCACGGCGGCGCCACCGACGGCCCCACGGGGACGCACGGCGCCGCAGCCGCCGCGGGCACCGGGCAGCUCCAGCCGACCAGGGACGACCACAAGACCGACGGUGUCCUGCGCCGCUCCGGCAGCUCCAGCUCCAGCUCGUCUGAGGACGACGGCGUUGGCGGGAGGAGGAAGAAGGGGAUGAAGGAGAAGAUCAAGGAGAAGCUCCCCGGCGGAGCCCACAAGGACGCCACCGGGCAGCAGCACACGCCGGCGGCCGGCGAGUACGCCGGCACCGGCACCGGCACCCACGGCGCGGAGGCCACCGGCGAGAAGAAGGGCGUCAUGGACAAGAUCAAGGAGAAGCUUCCCGGCGGACAGCACUAAGUUAAGCUAGGCAGCUAGCGAUCGCCCUGUGCUGUGUCUGUGUUCGGUCAAAGCUCGGUAUCAUGCGUACUUCUGCAUGCGUUCGUACGGAUAAAUAAUGGGCGCCGAUCGAGGUGCCGGAGUAUAUAUGUUGUGUGUGUGACGUAUUUGUGGACCCCGUGUACAUGUAUUUGUACUGAAGUGCUAAAACCCCAUCGUAAUAAAGCGCUCGUUUAUAUU